UUCAAGUGCAGUUACGUAGCAGUGUGCCAACAAGAAUGAUGAAUCGUUGGUCCGGUAAAGUAGCACUUGUGAGCGGUUCGAGCGGAGGAAUCGGUCUCGCGAUAUCGAAAGCUCUGGCUAGCCAUGGCAUUAAAGUAGUUGGUUUAGCAAGAAGAAUAGACAAGCUUCAGGAUGCUACAGCAGAAAUUGGAAAGGAUAAAUUUUUCCCGAUGAAAUGCGAUGUAACGAACGAAGAAGAUAUUCUUAAGGUGUUCAAAUGGAUCGACGAGAAGUUUGGUCGCUUUGACAUUCUAGUGAAUAAUGCUGGACUUGCUUGUGACAAACCUAUCAUCGACUCAAAAACCGAAGAAUAUCGCAAGGUCAUUGAUACUAACUUGAUAGCUCCAGCAAUUUUUGCACGAGAAGCAGUAAAAUCUAUGAAAAAAUGCAACGCUUGCGGCCAUAUAAUUAAUAUCUCCAGUAUUGCCGGAUUACAUCUUGAAGCUAUAGCCUUACCGAUUGGCAUGUACGGUCCUAGUAAAUACGGUCUAAGAGCUCUGGGAAUAGAACUCCGCCAUGAAAUAAACGCGGCCAAACUGAACGUCAAAAUCACGAACAUCAGCCCCGGAGCUGUGAUGACGGAUAUGAUACAAGGUGUACGGAAUUUCGUCAGCAAUAAUUUUAUAUUAAAAGUUGAAGACAUUGCCGAAGCAGUGAUCUUCGCGUUAGGAACACCGGAAACGGUCGAGAUUCCGGAAAUCACGGUAAUACCACACGGCACGGGAUUUAUUUUCCCACAGAGGGAUUGACUCACAGUUAGUCAUCACUUAGAUGCUGUAACAUGCCGAUUUUAAUGAACUUCACGCCGGAUCACAUCUUUGCAUCAAUGUACAAUGGCGACAAAAUUAGUGUGUUACUCCUACCUUGCAAGUAUCAGAGUAGUUGAAGACAUAUCUUGUUAGAUAUUCGAUUAACCUUUUGUAUUUACAUUAUUACUACUAUUAAGUUCUUACCAUUUAUACAAAGGAAUGUAAGAACCGAUAAUUUCAUCAGAACGAUUGUGAAUCUUAACGCAAUAUGGUACAAUCAAGAUGUAUGUAUGAAUGUUUUAUGGAGUAGAACCUUGGGCACUAUGUUAGAUCCAUUAUCCUAUUUAAUAAAGAAAUGGAUUAG